ACUCCAAGACAUAUACCCACUAAUCAACUAAAGCUCUCCUUGCUCUUCGCAAGCUAUAAAAGCCAGGGCAACCCAUACAAUAUGCACACACCCUUCCCUACACUAUAUAUAGAGCCCCGUGCAAACAAGCUUCAAAUCUAUCUACUGUUCGUGUAAGAGUUAAAACCUAAAGUGUGAGAGAUAGAGGUAUGGUUUCCGGGCUGCAGAAGAGAGCACCACUGCGCCGAAAGCUUCAAAAUCUAAGCAGCCUUACCAAGAUGAAAUCUGUCAAGAGGAGCUCCAUUUUCAUGGAGGCUUUGCUCCAGAUUUACAUGUUGAAACUCAAGCUUGAAGCAGUCCAAAGAGAGUACCUGCAUCUCAUGGCUCUUAAAACAGAAUACUUAAACCUAAUCAAACAUUCUCAGGUCCCCAAGGAAGUGAAGGUAGAGAAGAUUGACGAAGGGUUCCUUGUAAGAGUGAAGUGCGAGAAUGUAGGAGACACUCUGGUUUCAGUUUUGGAAGCUUUUGAAGAAAUGGGUCUUACUGUUCUGCAAGCUAGAAUUUCAAGCAACAAUUAUUUUUCCAUGGAGGCCAUCGCUGUAGCUGAAAACCAAAACCAAGACCAGUUGGAUGUGAGAGAUAUCACGCAAGCAAUUACUAGGGCAACCGAGAUUAAUGGUCGUUGAAAAGAGAUGCAUAUGAAUAAUGCUUUGUGGUUCCUCAAGUUGAUAACUCUUAAUUAGUGCUGCUGAUCAAUUUAAUUAAGAUUAUUGAUUGAUUGAUGCGUAUAUCAGUAUGUAAUAUAAUGUAAUGUAUUUCUGUCACUGACUUCCACUUUGAAUUGAAAAAGGAAAGGCUGACCCAAAAAGAAAAGGAAGAAAAAAGGGCAUUCAAAUGUGGUAUGUGAAAAUGAGAUCAGACUUCUUUUUUAUUUUAUACCAAUUUGGAA